GAGGCGUGACUGAAAACGGUAUCAGAAUAAUUCAGUGAAUAACAACAGGUAAUAAAUAACGGGUAAUAAACAGAAGAGUGGAAUCUGGUUUGAUUAGUUUGGGUGAGAAGAGUAUAAACCCUGAGAGGUUAGAGCGGCUCCUCCCGGGCUGUGGGUCAGAGUUUCACUGCGCCGCCCCUCUCGGGUCUGGUUCCGGGAUUUCUGUCGGAGUGAGCCCUCUGUCUGCGUUUCUCCUCUCUGGGUCUUGACGUGGCGGCCGCCAUAUUGUUUUGCUGUGUUGUCAGUGGAGAGCGGCGGCAGCUUCAGCGGCGGUGAGUGUCGUUUACCUGCAGCACGGACUCACCUGGGCCUGGCAGAGCUCCAGCCUCAGCUGGCCUCUGUCGGGCCACCUGUGCGCGCGUCCCGUAACUGUCACCCGUGUGACGUCAGUGUUGCAUUUUGUCGCAGUUAGCCGUUAGCUUGAGUUAGCUGUUGUGUGAUGUUGAGAAAACGGGGCUGACUUCGUGUUUGAGUCCUCGGGUUCGGCUCCAGGUGUGCCGACGUCAGCAGCUACCUGUGCCACAAGGCUCCUGCUGUCACACACCUGCAGUUGUCCCACAGGUAGCUGCUGACGUCAGUUUUUUAAGUGUCGCAGGCGCAGCAUCUUUGAUCUCUGACCUGCUGGACUUUAAAUCCUCAAAGGUCGCGCAGAGUCGGUGGGCGCCGGUGAGGUCACGUGUUUAAGAGUGGCACUAUCUUGAUGAUGAUGAUUCAGGGAUGAAGCCUCAGAUUCAGGCGUGACGUUAGAAACGCUCCCAUAGUGAGCCCAGAGGAUCCAGCAGGACCACAGGGACCCGCAGUCCGCCCACCAGACUCUGUUCGGUUUCUGUAGGAUUUUGUGUUCGGCUCGUUUUCUGGAGCAGCAGCUGGGGAUUCAUUUCUCUGAGUUUCCUGCGAAGUUCGGCCUGAGCUGGACUCCAGUGUGAGCAUUAGGACUCCGGGCUGGUAGCUCAGUGUGCAUUUUCUGCAGCUUUUACAAGAAAUGAACGCUUUCUGGAACUUUUUCAGUUUAAGAGUGAAGUGUUACUGACCUUUGACCCCAUAUCAGCCUGUUUGUGUCGGCAUCAACCAGACACUAGGGAGAAACUUUUUUUCUGAUUUUAAUUCUUUCUGUUGGUUCGUUAUUAUUGUUGUUGUUGUUGUUGUUGUUGUUUGUGCUUUAUGAAGGUUUAGCAGUGACUCGUUUUUCUGCCACACGUUCAAAGAACAUAAAAUCAUUUCAACGUCACCAUAAAAAUCGAUCUUGCAGGUUCAGGCGCUGCCUGCUGUUUUUCUCUUUUAGUAACUGCUCACCUGGAGCUGUGCCUGUCUUUGGGUUUGAUUUUUUUUUUUUUUUUUUACCUUUGAGACUCACCUGUGUUUAUGUCUAGAAACUAGAACCAGUCAAAGUGUGGGUUGGGGGCACGACAGGUAAAAUUGCUACCAGGUCACACAUAAACACGGACACCCGUUUGAGAUAGCAGGUGUUUGCACCAAAACAUCACUUCAAUCCGAACCAACAUAACUUUAGAAGAAAGUGGGCGGGGCUUAUCCCCACGCUGCCAAUAUCACUGCACUACCCUCACACUGCCACCCACCCCCCAUCCCCUCCUCCUCUCAUCAGCUUAUACCCAACAGCGUGACCCCCCCCACCCCUCCCACUUCCUGGUGUUGCCAUGGCGACCUUUCCAGAGUACAUCGCUCAGAACGAGGAGCGCGACGGCGUCCGUUUCAGCUGGAAUGUGUGGCCGUCUAGCCGGCUGGAGGCGACCCGGAUGGUGGUGCCGGUGGCGGCUCUGUUUACCCCGCUGAAGGAGAGGACCGACCUGCCCCCGAUCCAGUACGAGCCAGUUCUCUGUAGUCGCGCCACCUGCCGCGCUGUGCUCAACCCACUCUGCCAGGUGGACUACAGAGCCAAGCUGUGGGCCUGUAACUUCUGCUACCAGAGGAACCAGUUUCCUCCGUCCUACGCCGGGAUCUCUGAGGUGAACCAGCCCGCCGAGCUGCUGCCUCUGUUCUCCACCAUCGAGUAUGUGGUUCAGAGGGGCCCUCAGAUGCCGCUGGUGUUCCUGUAUGUGGUGGACACCUGCAUGGAGGACGAGGACCUGCAGGCGCUGAAGGAGUCUCUGCAGAUGUCGCUGUCUCUGCUCCCGCCCACCGCACUCGUGGGACUCAUCACCUUCGGACGCAUGGUUCAGGUGCAUGAGCUCGGCUGCGAGGGUAUCUCCAAGAGCUACGUCUUUAGGGGGACCAAGGAUCUGAACGCCAAACAGCUGCAGGAGAUGCUGGGUCUCACCAAACCUUCAGCCGCUCAGGGACGAGGACCUCAGGCGGCGCCACAGCAGUCAUUCAACAGGUUUCUGCAGCCGGUGCAGAAGAUUGACAUGAACCUCACCGACCUGCUGGGGGAGCUGCAGCGCGACCCCUGGCCUGUGACGCAGGGCAAGAGACCACUGCGCUCACUGGGCGUCGCCAUGUCCAUCGCCGUGGGGCUCCUGGAGUGCACCUUUCCCAAUACUGGCGCACGCAUCAUGACCUUCAUAGGCGGCCCAGCGACACAGGGGCCCGGCAUGGUGGUGGGAGACGAGCUGAAGACGCCGAUCAGGUCCUGGCACGACAUCGAGAAGGACAACGCCAAGUUCAUGAAGAAGGCCACCAAACACUACGAGUCUCUGGCCAAUCGAGCGUCCAGCAACGGUCACAUCAUCGACAUCUACGCCUGCGCCCUCGAUCAGACCGGCCUGCUGGAGAUGAAGUGCUGCACCAACUACACCGGCGGUUACAUGGUGAUGGCCGACUCCUUCAACACGUCUCUGUUCAAGCAGACCUUCCAGAGGGUUUUCACCAAAGAUGUCCAGGGAUCCUUUAAGAUGGCCUUCGCCGCCACGCUGGAGGUCAAGACGUCCAGAGAGAUCAAAGUGUCCGGCGCCAUUGGCCCCUGCGUGUCUCUGAACGCUAAAGGACCCUGCGUCUCCGAGAACGAGAUCGGCACAGGAGGAACCUGUCAGUGGAAGGUCUGCGGACUGGAUCCGAGUACCACGCUCGCGCUUUACUUCGAGGUCGUCAACCAGCACAACGCGCCAAUCCCUCAGGGCGGCCGCGGGGCGAUCCAGUUUGUCACGCAGUACCAGCACUCGUCAGGUCAGCGACGCAUCCGGGUCACCACCACCGCCAGGAACUGGGCCGAUGCUCAGACGCAGAUUCAAAGCAUCGCGGCGUCCUUUGACCAAGAGGCGGCGGCCAUCCUCAUGGCGAGGUUGGCAGUGUACCGGGCAGAGACGGAGGAGGGGCCGGACGUGCUCAGGUGGUUGGACAGACAGCUGAUCAGACUGUGUCAGAAGUUUGGCGAUUACCACAAAGACGACCCGAACUCCUUCCGGUUCUCCGAGACCUUCUCCCUGUAUCCCCAGUUCAUGUUCCACCUGCGGCGUUCGCCGUUCCUGCAGGUGUUCAACAACAGUCCUGACGAGAGCUCGUAUUACCGACACCACUUCAACCGGCAGGACCUGACGCAGGCGCUCAUCAUGAUCCAGCCGGUGCUCUACGCCUACUCCUUCAACGGUCCACCUGAGCCCGUCCUGUUGGACAGCAGCAGCAUCCUGCCCGACCGAAUCCUUCUGAUGGACACGUUCUUCCAGCUCCUCAUCUACCAUGGAGAGACUGUGGCUCAGUGGAGGAAGGCCGGCUAUCAGGAUAUGCCCGAGUACGAGAACUUCAAACACCUGCUUCAGGCUCCGGUGGACGACGCCCAGGAGCUGCUGCACACGCGCUUCCCCAUGCCGAGAUACAUCGACACGGAGCACGGCGGCAGCCAGGCUCGCUUCCUGCUCUCCAAAGUGAACCCCUCCCAGACCCACAACAACAUGUACACCUGGGGGCAGGAGUCCGGUGCUCCGAUCCUGACAGACGACGUCAGCCUGCAGGUGUUCAUGGACCAUCUGAAGAAGCUCGCUGUCUCCAGCGCCGCCUGAGGGUGCCAUCGGCUCACCUGUCCUCACCUGUUUGCUUUUUGUUUUCUUGCUGCCUGUGUUUCCAUGGCAAUAGUUCACAAACACCAUCAACCAAUCAGGAGCAAGUUUAGAGUUUUACCCUCACAGUGUAGAGAUGCUAUUGUUAAUUGGCCUUUUAAAAAAAAAAAAAAAAUGAAGUUGCAUUUGAUUGGUUGAUCCUCUCAGACAGCGGCAGUGAUAGCUUUCACAAUAAAAGCCUCUGUGUAGCUUUAGUCUGUGCAGCUUUUAAUGUGAAACAACAGCAGGAAGCGGUGGCUGUCGGAAGUUUUUUUUUUAUAUUUGGCUAAAAAAUUUUAAAUUGAUUUUAAAAUUUUAACAAGUGAUUUUUUUUAAAUUUAGGAACAGGAAACAGGAAGUGAGGUGUUUUGUUUUUUUAGAAAGCGUGUGAUGUCACUGAGCGCGCGACGCUGCCUGCUUGUGUUUGAACACUAACCGAGAACGAACGCAGAGGUUCACCUCGCCACUGUUCUCGUCUUUCUAAUAAAAUCUGCAGAAUUUCA